UAUAAAACGUAUCGAGAUGAAAAGAGAGAGAGAGAGAGAGUUAGCUUUAAAAUGGCGUCAACGUAGAUAUUGCACGGUGACGCUAUUUUCAAUUCAUAGUGAAGCGUGAACAAUUUGCCCAUCGAUUCAGAUCACCAUGGAACGGUUGGGUUUAUUCGUGUUCGUCGCGCUGUCAUUGAUGUGUAUUUCAACAGUGGAAUGUAGCGACAUGGACAUUGGCCGAAUGAUACAAUGGGUAGAUGCUAAGGUAGGCUGGCUCAUCAGUGCUCGCAAGUUCCAGAACUAUGGAUGCUACUGCAGUAAGAACGGUCCUACUGAUGGAAUCGUGCCGGUGGAUCAGAUUGAUAAAUGCUGUAUGAAACAUAACCAGUGUUAUGACGGACUUGUUCGUGAAGGUGUUUGUGCUGGUGAUACCUUUGGUCAGAGUUAUGGCUACAAGAAGAUUACAGAGAAUGGGGCAAAGACCAUGACAUGCACUUCCGAUCCUCACACGGAGACGUGUAAAUACGAGCUGUGUAAAUGUGAUGCUACGGUGGCCCAUUGCUUUGCUGAUAAUGAACCACAUUAUAAUUCCAAGCAUAAGGGUGUGGGUAAAUCAUCAUGUCAGCAUGCAGGAAAGUAAAAAAAAGAUUUUUUUUUAAAGACUCAUGGAGAGAGUUUUAUAGACCCAGAAAACAUUGAAUCAAAUGUAUCAUGUACUAAGCUGAAUUCUACUCUUGUAACUUAUAUAUACAUGUCAUUGUACAUUUAAACUGCAAGGAUGUAAUUCUUUUCUCUCCACCUGAAUACAAAUAAUCUUUCUUUCAAUGACCCGUUUAUCUAGAAUAGUUUGUUUGAUUGUCCUUUAUUAAUACUUUCCUGUCGUUUCAUGAAAAUUUAAAACCCAUAAUAAUAAUAAUAAUAAUAUGUUAAAGUCCACUCCAAAUUUUAUUAAGUUAAACCGAAAAUGAAAAUUCUUUUUGCCCAAUUAAUCGUGUGCAAAACACUCAUUGAAUAAAAGUGUGUUUUAUGGCGUUUUUAUUUUGUUUAAUUCCAAGCUAGUUUGUCCCAUGCGUUACCAUGGUUAUAGACCUCAUCUAAAAUUGUCGUAUAUAUGAUGACUGCAUCAGGAUGAUAGCUCUACUUGAGGCUUGAACAGGCAAAGUAUCAAGUUAAAUUAUAUUUUUGUAUCAAUUCGUGUUCACAAUCCCAUAAUCCAAUUCCGUUAUACACUUGAUAAAAUAUGGAACAUACCUUGUACAGAAUGUGCCAACUAUGCAACCAGCUUAUUAGGGUUCAUGAAAUGUCUACUAUACGUGAACUACGCUUUCGAACCAUGUCAUCCACUGUGUGUGCUUUACGUUCAUAUCAAUUAAUCAAUUUAAAUAAAUAUAUGCAAUCAUAAUUAUGAUACAGAUUUCUGAAAAUCAGUGGAAAAUUUAUGUCAAAAUCUCCUUACAUUAAUGUGGGGACACAUUAAUAUUUCUCCGUGUUCUGAUAUUGGUUUAAAUAAAAACUAAAAUUGCCCGAAAUAUUUGUGAUUCCCAAUUAUAAUUAUUAUGACGUCAAUUUUUCAUGUAGCUUAGUAUUGAGAUUAAUUAUAUUAAUAUUCUUCUGUAAAUAGCGUUAUUUAAUGAAAUAUCAUAUUUGUUAUUAUCAUCUGACAAAUUACUUUGUCCAAUCUUAAGAUUAGAUUGUGUAUAAUUAUGUUUAAUGAGGGAUCCCAUAUACUGUAAUGUACUUCAUAAUUAACUCAACUUUUAUCGAUUGGAUUUAAUUUCAAACAAGUCCGAUAAUGGAUUAUUUGCUUGCGUUCAGAGCAUUUUAAUAUAUAUGAUUUAUAAACUUCUAGAAAUGUUGAAAUAGAGAUUUUUAAGUGCCUGUGUGUAAUUAAAAUAACUGUGUCAAAAAGUAAUAGUCAUUACCGUACGAUAGUGAUGGAAUGAGAUAAAAUUAAAUACAAUAUCAAGUUAAAACAAUUAAAGGGAUAGAACAUCAGAAGUAAAUGAAAACAAAAUACAUUUAAUAACAAAUCGAUUCAAAAAGUAAAUGUAAGACUUGAAAGAACAGGGUGUCAAAAUGUUUUCUAUUCAUUUACGUCUAGAUUUCGAUGGAAAACGGAGAAAACAGGAAAGUUAAUAAAACAUUGAAAAUAUAAUAUAAUAUAUGGCUAAUAAGUAGGCCUAUAGGUACAUACUAUACCUUAAAAUGCUGUGCCAUAAUAAUACCGCUUAGCAAUCAAUGAAAUAUAUAUUUUGAAUAUAAUUGAUUUUAUAUCUAUAAAUUUGAGGUUUUAAUCGCAAAACA